AUGGGAACUAGUCUUAUGUUAAUUUCUCCACCACCUCCAACCAAAACUCACCAAUUCACACCUUCAACAUUUCCUCUUACAAGAACCCAACAAACAAUAUCACUUCCAUCUUCAAGAAAAACUAGUACAAAGAUCCAUAGCACUAGAAAGUUUGGAAAUUUCCUUGACUUAAAACCUGAGUAUCAACCUGAAGCCUUAGAUUUCGAUCUUCCGUGGCAUCACUCUUCCGAUCGUUCUCAAUUCGACGUGGUCAUAAUUGGGGCUGGCCCGGCGGGUAUUCGCCUUGCGGAGCAAGUUUCUUGCUAUGGAAUCAAGGUUUGUUGUGUUGAUCCUAACCCUCUAUCUGUUUGGCCUAAUAACUAUGGUGUGUGGUUGGAUGAGUUUGAAGGUCUCGGGCUAGAAGAUUGUUUGGAUAAAACAUGGCCUAUGGCUUCUAUUUAUAUUGAUGAUAAUAAUACUAAGUAUUUGGAUCGUUGCUAUGGAAGAGUUAGUAGAAGUAAACUUAAGGAGAAAUUGGUUAAAGGUUGUGUUUCUAAUGGGGUUAGGUUUUAUAAGGCAAAAGUAUGGGAGAUUAAGCAUCAUGAGUUUGAGUCUAUUGUUGUUUGUGAUAAUGGGAAAGAGUUGAAAGCGAGUCUAGUUGUUGAUGCUAGUGGUUUUGGUAGUAGAUUUAUAGAUCGAGAUGAUCAUAAGUUGAGAAAGAGAAACUAUGGAUGUCAAAUUGCUCAUGGUGUUUUGGUUGAAGUUGAUUAUCACCCUUUUGAUUUGGAUAAAAUGGUUUUAAUGGAUUGGAGAGAUUCGCAUUUGGGGAAUGAGCCUUAUUUGAGAGAAGGUAAUUCUAAAGUUCCUACUUUUAUGUAUGCUAUGCCAUUUAGUUCAAAUUUGAUUUUUCUCGAAGAAACUUCACUUGUAAGUCGUCCUGUUUUGUCGUACAUGGAUGUGAAGAGAAGAAUGGUUGCAAGGCUAAGACAUUUGGGGAUCAAUGUGAAAAGAGUAUUGGAAGAUGAAAAGUGUUUGAUUCCAAUGGGAGGACCUUUACCAAGGAUACCUCAAAAUGUGAUGGCAUUCGGUGGAAAUUCUGGUGUAGUUCAUCCUUCAACCGGAUACAUGAUCGCCAGAACAAUGACUCUAGCGCCUAUUGUAGCUUUUUCUAUUAAUGAGUGUCUUGGAUCCAAUAGAAUGAUAAGAGGGAGACAUCUUUAUGCUAAUGUUUGGAAUAGUAUGUGGCCUAUUGAGAGAAGAUUUGUUAGGGAAUGUUAUUGUUUUGGAAUGGAGACUUUAUUGAAGCUUGAUUUGAAUGGGACUAGAAGCUUUUUCGAUGCAUUCUUUGACUUGAAACCUUAUUAUUGGCAAGGGUUUAUGUCUUCAAGGUUGAGUUUAAAGGAUUUUGCUUUGUUAAGCUUAUCACUCUUUGGAAAUGCCUCAAAUUCUUCCAAGUUUGAUAUUGUCACAAAGUGUCCUGUUCCAUUGGCUAAAAUGAUGGGUAAUAUUGCUUUAGAAUCUAUAGGAUGA